UGAAUUGCGGAAUGCCUUUUUCAUCUGCGGUCCUAGGAGAGCCUCGAAGAGAUGGACUGACCUCAUCUCUCGCUGGACUGUAGCCCCCACGUGGGAGAGAGGCGGCAGCCAUUCCACGCCAUUCUGUCCUCACAGAGCGAGGUGGAGAGGAGGCAGAUCUGUCUGUGCACGGCCAAACAGCAGGAUCAGAGGUCUCCUAAAAAUGGGAAAGAGCCCGCGAGACGUUUCUCUUCCGAGAACUCCGAAAAAUAUGAUACACACAAGGAUUCUGUGGCACUCUCUCUCAUUUUUGAUUUUAGUAGUGCAGGUGAGCAGGCCAGUGUGUGUGGAGGUGGAAUCAGACACGGAGGCAGUACAGGGUAACCCAAUGAAACUCACCUGCAUCUCCUGCAUGAAGAGAGAAGAGGUCAAUGCUGAGACCCGGGUGGACUGGUACUACAUCGACUUAAAUAAUGAUGAAAUCCCGAUGUUCCUGUAUGACGGGCAGCCCCAGGAAGUGGACGGGCCGUUUAAGGGCAGGCUCCAGUGGAACGGCAGCAAAGACCUGCAGGACGUCUCCAUCAGCUUCAUCAACGUCACCCUCAACGACACCGGCACCUACAAGUGCGAGGUGUUUCGCCAGUUCCAAUUCGACUCCUACACGCCCUCGUUCAGGGGAGAAAAGAUCAUCAACUUGGUGGUGAGAAAAGAAGCCCCUACAGACCCAACAGCCCUGUACUCUGAGAUCAUGAUGUACGUGCUGCUGGUCUUCCUUACCUUCUGGCUGGUGGUGGAGAUGAUCUACUGCUACAGGAAGAUCUCCAAGUCCGAUGAACAAACGCAGGACAGCGCGACAGACUACCUAGCCAUUCCCUCUGAAAAUAAGGAGACCCCCGGUGCUCCAGUAACGGAUUAAAAGCGAUUUUCUCUCACACAAAAAAACGGUACUGAAGGACCCUUAAGCCUCUGUCGAUUGGCGUAAUUGUGCAAUAGGCUGAACUCUUCAAAGGAACAAGGGGGGGUCGUCAGAACCCCGCCCCCUGCCCCCCACCCCCCGCUGCCCCUUUGUCUUUGUGCUGUGCUUGUGCAAAAGAUAUCAUCGUUGAUCAGUCCACGCUUCCUGCUUAUUUCACAUACCUUUGUGAAGUAUGUUGUGAUCUGAUAACAGCUAUGGUAUGUUUGUGCCACUGUCAGCCAUAGAGGACAAAACAAGAGUACUUAAAAUGUGGUGAGAUUGUGCAGUGCUGUAGAUAUAAAAACAAAGGAAAGAGACUUUUCAAAAAUGUGAAAUUGAAUCAGAACCUUGACCCAUGCACACAGGGUACAGGCCUGGUGAACACAGAUGCCUUUCUGCUACAAGUUCUUUAUGUUAACAGGACAUUGGUUGGUUGGUGUUGGUUAACAACUAGGACCCGGGCCAAAGCUCUGAUGUAAUCAGCUCGUUUGUCAUUAAACUUUAUGGUCUUCUGCUUUGUCAUAUACUGUACAUAUAGCCACUGUUUUAUUUGAAAACACAGUGUUCCUCGACAUUUUACAGACACAGAAAUGUUUAUCAUCAUUGAACUUGUGCAAGCAAUAUAAUUUGAACUCCAGCUCCAGCUUGAAGACUGAAAUGACUGUUUGAAUAUGAGAUACAGACCCAAUUCUGUAUGUAUUCACAUUUCAUUAGCUGAAAUCUACCAUUCUUUGAUAUAUACAAUUUUUUAAAGUUCUUAUUUCAGGUUAUUUGGAUGGAAUGAUUUCACAUCACUGUCAGAUACCAUAUUAAGGUGGAAGUUUGACCAUUUGAAAUUCCUCACAGAAGCCUGUGGGGUGAAACAGAGACCUCCUCUCUCUGAGAACUUGCUUGGGUCAGAUGGUAAAAUACUUCAGCAGCGGAGUCAGUCACAUGACCAGGCGCAAAAAAAAAGUGCAGCACAGUUCUAUGAUAGUCAAAAACACUUUAUUUUCACACCAUUGUUAUUACUUCAGGCCUGUUCACUGCUGAAAUAGAUUAUUUUAUUUUGUAUUUGAAUUGGCGGGCCAGUUUCAGGUUAUGCACAGAGAGUGAGGACAAAAGGGAGGGAGAGUUCGAGAGAGGGAGGGAGAGAAUGAGGAAGGAAUUCAGUGAUGGAAAGAGAGGAGAGGUGGCUUUUGUAUGCAUGCCAUCAUAAACGCAGUGUUGUCGUUGAAUACAAUCUGCUGAUCGAACAGUUUCUUUUGUAGCCACCAUUAGUGGGGGUAUUUUAUUAAAUGCAUUGUGCUGAUAUUUUCAAAAGUGCUGUGCGGAGUGUGCUCAUUUUCUUCUCAUUUUAUAUUGCAUAUUUCAUGUUGACUGGAUUGAAGAAAUAAAAAAUUAAAUCAAUUCCUAUUUCA